AUGCAUGGCUCAGAUCAUGGAAGUGAUAUACUGACCUCUAUAUCAGACACUCCCGCUACGAAACCUCCGUCCUCCAGCGGCCCCCGACCUCCCUCGUCCCGGAAGAUCCCCGCCCGCAAGGUCGAAGUCCAGCCGACGAAGCUUGAAGCUGUGGAUGAUGCUCUGGACCCCCUCGGGCCUUUAGGAGGCGCCGACUCAGCCCCCGCAGCACCGUCGAUAUCUGCAGAUCAGGCACCGACGCCUCCGAGGAAGGAGCUCAGUGCAAGAGUCAACCGCCAGCCAUCUGGCGCGGCCGCGGGGCUAGCCGGCGCAGAAUAUGAAGAUACCACACUUCCACUCGGUAGACCGAAGGGUCCGCCUCCUGUGCAACCUCAAGCAGCGUCGCCUAUGCGGCAGACACCGUCUAGCGUGAGCAUCGAACAAGCCGCCAAACCCACCUUCGACAUCCUCGUGGGCGACCCGCAUAAGGUGGGAGAUCUGACUAGCAGUCACAUUGUUUAUCAAGUCCGGACAAAGACAACAUCAAAAGCAUACAAGCAGCCCGGGUUUACUGUUUCGAGGAGAUAUCGAGAUUUCUUGUGGCUAUAUAACUCACUACACAACAAUAAUCCCGGUGUGGUCGUCCCUCCACCCCCCGAAAAGCAAGCUGUCGGUCGGUUUGACACGGAGUUUGUUGAAUCCCGGCGGCAGGCGUUGGAACGAAUGCUGAACAAGACUGCUGCUCACCCGAUACUGCAACACGAUGGCGACCUCAAAAUCUUCCUCGAAAGCGAUGCUUUCAAUGUCGACGUCAAGAACAAGGAAAACCGAGAACCAGAUUUGGGUCAGAACAAGGGUAUGCUGAGUGCCAUUGGGAUCAACGUGGGCUCUUCUAGCGGUAAAUUUGUCGAGCACGAUGACUGGUUCCAUGACCGGAAGAUCUACCUCGACGCCUUGGAAAAUCAGCUCAAGGCGCUCCUGAAAGCCGUCGACACCGUUGUGGAACAGAGAAAGGGGCUCGCGGCCGCAGCAGGAGAGUUUUCAGUGUCUCUUAACAGCUUGGCACAGGUCGACCUUUCCCCCGUGUUCUCCGGUCCUCUGCAGAGUCUGUCGGAUGUUCAGAUGCGUAUAAAGGAGCUCUACGAGAGACAGGCUCAGCAAGAUGUUUUGACGCUGGGAAUCACAGUUGACGAGUACAUUCGGCUUAUUGGCAGCGUGAAGCAGGCCUUUUCCCAAAGACAAAAGGCCUUCCAUUCAUGGCACGCCGCGGAAAGCGAACUCGCGAAGCGUCGAAGCGCACACGAGAAACUUCUAAGGCAAGGAAAGAGCCAGCAAGACAAGCUCAAUGAAGUGGGUGCCAGCGUGAGUGACGCAGAAAAAAGAGCGCAUCAAGCUCGGUUGCUCUUUGAAGACAUGGGCCGGCUGAUGAGGGGAGAACUGGAGAGAUUUGAGCGCGAGAAAGUCGAAGACUUCAAGAGCGGUGUGGAAACGUUCUUGGAGGGCGCCGUCGAGGCGCAGAAAGAGCUUAUCGAGUUGUGGGAGACCUUCUUACUGCAGAUGGACACGGAAGACGAAGCUCCUCUGAAGGGUCAGCCAGCACCGGAUGAACCUGCGGCUACGGAGCACGCUCAAUCACAGGGCCAGCUCGGUGAAAGCGAAGCGGGUGAGACUCAAGAGGCUGCCGCACCUGCCACCGCGACCGACGUGGCCCUCGAACAGGAUGCUUAG